GCCGCGGAAGGACUUCAGGUCGACCUGCGCUCGGUUUGCUUGCUCCGUUAGAUUGCCAAUAGGGCUUUCCCCCAUUUAUCGUCGAUCUGGAGUUCUGAUUCUAUAUCGAUACUCUUCCUAGGGUUUGUGGUUUCGGAGCAAUCGUUUCAUUUGUUAUGCUUUAUACAUUACCGGACAUGCAUAAGAAUCUGUGAGGGGCCUUCAUUAAAGGGAAAAAUUAAGGUUUUUUUGAUUUUAUAAUGGCUUCAACAACCUUAAGAAGGAGACUUCAUCACGGGGAUGUUGAUGGAAGAAAAAAUGAACACAUGGAUGCUUUAGGAUCAGAUUCCCUAAGCGAACCUCUUCUUGGAAACUAUAUUUAUGAUACAAGCCCAUCAGAGAAAUUUAGUCAAAGAAGACAUCAAGAUCCCUGGGAUGACGGGAAGAAGGAAAAUCUCCAUUGGACAUUUCUUUUUUCUCAAUUGAUUGCUCAAUGGGCACAGUGGAUAGCGAAUAUUGUCCUUGGUUCCAGGUCAAUUUUGGAAAGACUUUUUCCUUUUUCUUCAUUUAGCUACGGAAGGCAGGAUGAUGAGAAAUUGCUAAAAGCUCUUAGCCCCUUACAGCAAGAAAGAUUGCACAACUUAAAGCAGAGAUUGAAGGUCCCAUUUGACGGCUCCCGUUAUGAUCAUCAAGAUGCAUUGAGACAACUCUGGAAGCUAGCAUAUCCCAAUCGAGAAAUCCCCCCUCUCAAAUCAGAAUUAUGGAAGGAAAUGGGCUGGCAAGGUACUGAUCCGUCUACAGAUUUUAGAGGUGGUGGCUUUAUAUCAUUGGAGAACCUCAUAUUUUUCGCCCAGAAUUACCAGGAUUCUUUUCAGAUUUUAUUGCAUAAAAGAGAUGGUAAUCGGGCCGAAUGGGAGUAUCCUUUUGCUGUAGCUGGAAUCAACAUAUCGUUUAUGUUGGCGCAGAUGCUGGAUCUGCAAGCAGGCACUCCAACAUCAAAGGCAGGCACUCAUUUCUUAGAACUACUUGCGAACAACGAGAGUGCUUUCGAUGACCUCUUCUGCGUAGCUUUCAGGUUGAUGGAUGCUCAAUGGCUGGCAAAGAGAGCUUCUUACAUGGACUUUACUGCUGUUCUAAAGGCUACAAGGGCACAGCUAGAACUCGAGCUUGCACUGGAACACAUUUCUUCUGUGAAGGACUUGCCGGCUUAUACAAUGCUGUACAGAUAGGUGCCUUCUUUCCCAUUUAUGAUGGAUCAUUAAUGCAUGAUUCAUAAGCUAUUAAUAAUUUUAUAAACUUUGGUAGUGAUAAAAAAUAUUUUCUUAAGAGGAAUAUUAUGCAAGUAACAUAUUAAAAUAUAUAAUUUGAUGAAUAUACAGUGUAUCUAUUUUUUUCA